AGGGCUUGAAUCAAAUCUAUGGAAGUCCAAUCUGAUCUGAUCUGCACUGAAACAUCGGGCCUCGUCUGUGUGUUGUGUGUCUCCAAGCCUUUGUGUAGAUCGCUGUAGAUUUAUGAUCUCUGCACCCGGACUCAGAUUAUUUGCUGUAUUUGUUUAGAAUGGGAAACGCUGAAGACCCUGUACGAAAAAGGGAAACCUAAGGAUGCUGGAGCAGAACAAUGGAUUUCUCCUUCUCUUUCAUGCAAGGGAUCAUGGGAAACACAAUCCAGCAACCGCCUCAGCUCAUUGACUCAGCUAACAUCAGACAGGAGAACGCGUACGAUGCCAUCAGCGACCCCGGGGACGAGGGAGGCCCCUCCGCCUACGAUUCGCCCCUCGAUCCAGGGUUCUCCUAUCCUCCGGAUGACCUAGGGGUCGUCGCUAACGGUUACCAGGCAGGAAUCGGCGCCUACGAGCAGCAGGCCAAGUUUGCGCUCUACUCGCAGUUCCCUAACGGCUCGGCCAACGGCUACGGCGCCAUCCGCAACUAUCACGCCGACCACGGGUUGAUCUUGGGGGAGGGGACGGUGCUGAGGUCGCCCGUCGUUCAGGAAAAACCCUCAUCUCAUCUCUCAUCCCCUCCCCUUCCUCCUUCUCAUUCUCAUUCUCAUCUUCAUCACCACCAUCACCACCCUCAUCCUCAUCCUCACGCUCAACAGCAUCAGUCGCAGCAGCCCAACCCUCAACUUUUACCUCAUCACCCCCCUCCUCCUCCGCCGCCCCCUCCUCCGCCUCCUCCGCCAUCAUCUUCCUCCGCUUCACAUCAUCUGCAGCCGGUCUACCCGCCGCCUCCCCUGCACCUCCCGUCCCCACCACCUCCCCUCCAAGCCUCGAUUCAGGACGUGGCUUCCGAGCCCGUCGCCCAGAAGAAGACCAACUCCCCGGAAAUCAAGAUCAAGAUCAUAAAGACGUAUCAGAACGGACGCGAGCUGUUCGAGUCGUCGCUGUGCGGAGACCUGCUGCACGAGUUCCAGGAGUCGAGCAGGAGGAACGAGCACAAGAAGGAGAAGAGAAAAAAGAAGAACAGCCGACACGCGGCCUUCCCUGAACAGGAAGUGAAGCUCGGCGAUGGCCAGGCUGCGGUACAAGAGCAGCACCCUACCGCAGGGCUCAAAAGCCCCAAAGCAGAACCCAAGGAGGUGCGGCAGAUGAUCUUGAAAUCGUUGAAGAUGGAUGACGAUGAUUGCAUGCAGGUGGACAAGGCCGCGCCCUCCAUGUGCGUGGAGUACGAGAUCGGCGAUCUGGUGUGGGCUAAAGUGGGGACGUACCCAUGGUGGCCCUGCAUGGUCUCCUCCGACCCCCAGCUAAAGGUUCACACACGCAUAAACACCAGAGGUCACCGGGAGUACCACGUGCAGUUUUUCGGCAGUGUAGCUGAGCGGGCGUGGAUUCACGAGAAGAGGAUAGUGGUGUAUAAAGGAGAGAGUCAGUUUGAAGAGCUGCAGGCAGAAACCUUACGCAAAACCACCAACCCCACCGAGAGGCAGAAGCUGCUAAAGCCUCAGUCUCAGAGGGAGCGCGCUCAGUGGGAGGUGGGCGUCGGCCACGCCGAGGCAGCCCUGGUAAUGAGCCGAGAGGAGCGUAACGAGAAUUACACCUUCAUUUACAUCGACAAGCUGCCUGCUGAAGAACCUAGCGAUGAACCCGUGACCCCAACCAGGAUUAAAAAACGAAGGACAAGACGCUCCAAGAGCCUAAAGAAAGACGAUACGGCGGCACUCCCGCGCCGUCAGCAGCCCCGCCGCCAGUGCAGCGUUUCCGACACUCAGGAGGAAGAGGCGGAGCCUGAGGACGCCACAGAAUCUCAACCCUCGCCCCCUCCGGUCCGGACUCCGUGGCGAACGGCGGCUGCUCGGAAGCUGCUUCCGCUCUCUGUCACCAUGAAGAAGCUUAACGUAGAGAUCGUCAAAUGCGACUGGCAGCUCCCCAAACAGAAAGUAGAGUUAAAAAAGGAGGAGGAGAGAGACGAUGAGCGAGUUCAGUCUCCAGAGGGUUCGAGUGAUAAAGCCGAGGGUGAGACCUUCUCCAGUGAGGAGGAGAGAACAGCAUGGAGUGAACCAGAAAGUGGCGAACACACCCACACACCGGUUCCUGAACCCAGCUCAGAGUUGAUGGAGCGUAAGCUGCAGCGGCGGUGCGUGAGGAGUCGCUCAGAGUCGGAAAAGAGCGUUGAUCCGGUUCCGAAGAAAAAGGUUAAGAAAGAGCAGGUGGAGACGAUGCCUCAGAUGGACUUCAAGACGGGAUCGCAAAAAGGAGCCAGUGAAAUCUCCGACUCUUGUAAACCGUUGAAGAAGCGCAGUCGAGCCUCGACGGAUGUCGAAGUUACAAGCUCUAUUUACAGAGACGCGUCCGACUCCGAUUCCAGAGGUCUCAACGACAUGCAGUGUGUAUUUGAGAAACGCUCCGACAGUCCCGGUACGAUGGACGCCGACGGCUCGGACGCCCAGUCAGAAGAUUCAAACAUCUCUCGGCAGGGCAUCUCCAAAAAGGAUAUGGUGUGUCAGAUUUGUGAGACAUUUGGAGAUUCCCUGCUGUGCUGCGAGGGCGAGUGUAACAGGUUUUUUCAUCCGGAGUGUUUGGCCUCAGCUGGAGGAACAGAAGGAGAAAACAUUUGCACCGAGUGCAAAACAGGUUCGCACCCAUGUUUCUCCUGCAAACGCACUGAUGAAGAUGUAAAGCCGUGUUCGGUGAGCGAGUGUGGCCGAUUCUAUCACGAGUCCUGCGCUUGGAAAUACGCGGGAACUACCUCGGAGCCGCAAGGCCUGAGAUGCCCACAGCACUGCUGCGCUACCUGCUGGCUGGAAAAGGACUCGCAAAAGGCACACAAAGGCCGGAUGAUGCGCUGUAUCCGCUGUCCUGCAGCCUAUCAUGCAGGCGAUCUGUGUAUAGCAGCUGGGAGCGUAGUGAUCACGCCCCACGUCAUCGUGUGCAGCGGUCACUCCAGCGCGAGGAAGAACGGCCAUCUCGGCUCCUCCGUAAACGUAGGCUGGUGUUUCGUUUGCUCGCGAGGACGCUUAGUGCACGACCUCACUGACACCGUAUUAAGUUCUUAUACGUUUAAGUCUCACUACCUUCUGACUGAGUCAAAUCGUGCUGAGUUGAUGAAAUUACCUCUGAUUCCUUCUCCUUCGUCAGCUACCCAAAAGAAUCCGGCCAAAGGAGGAAGACUCCUGUGCUGCGAGGCAUGCCCCGCCGCCUUCCACCCGUCCUGUUUAAAUAUGGAGAUGCCCGAGGGAGCCUGGCUUUGUAGUGAAUGCAAAGCGGGAAAGAAACCUCGCUACAAACAGAUUGUCUGGGUCAAGCUCGGCAACUACAGAUGGUGGCCGGCUGAGAUCUGCAACCCACGACUGGUCCCAUCUAACAUCCAGAAUCUAAAACACGACAUCGGGGAUUUUCCAGUCUUUUUCUUCGGCUCACACGAUUACUAUUGGAUCCACCAGGGCCGAGUUUUCCCGUAUCUGGAGAACGAUAAGAACUUUGCAGAGGGACAAAUCGGAAUUAACAAAACUUUCAAAAAAGCACUCGAGGAAGCGGCGAGGAGGUUCCAGGAGCUGAAAUCUCAGCGAGAAACCAAAGAAGCUCUGGAACAGGAACGCAACUCGCGACGGCCUCCGCCGUUCAAACUCAUCAAGUGCAACAAACCCAUAGGGAAGGUGCAGGUGUGUGUUGCCGACUUGUCGGAGAUCCCGCGCUGCAACUGCAAGCCAAGCGACGAGCGCCCGUGCGCUCAGGAAUCGGAGUGUGUGAACCGGGCUCUGCAGUACGAGUGCCACCCGCAGGUGUGUGCCGCCGCCGAGCGCUGCCUCAACCAGAGCUUUAGCAAACGACAGUACCCGAAAAUGGAGGUGAUCAAGACGGAGAAGCGCGGCUGGGGCCUUAGAACCAAGCAGGACCUCAAAAAGGGAGAUUUUGUGAUGGAGUACGUAGGAGAACUGAUCGAUCUGGAGGAAUGUCGACAGCGAAUCAGCCACGCCAGCAAGAACCAUGUGACCAACUUCUACAUGCUCACGCUCACCAAGGAUCGUGUUAUUGAUGCUGGACCCAAAGGGAACUUGUCUCGCUUUAUGAAUCACAGUUGCAGCCCAAACUGCGAGACACAGAAGUGGACGGUGAAUGGAGACGUCCGCAUCGGCCUCUUCACACUGUGUGACAUUGCUGCAGACACCGAACUGACAUUUAAUUACAACCUGGACUGUUUGGGGAACGGGAGGACGACAUGUCACUGUGGAGCUGAGAACUGCAGCGGCUACCUGGGAGUUCGACCAAAGAGUGCUGUGGUGUUGGAGAAAGAGGAGAAAGUCAGGAACUCGAAGCUGAAGGUGAGGAAGAGGAAGCUGAAGACGGAAAGCCGCAGUCACGAUUAUUACUGUUACUGCUGCGGCGAGGGCGGAGAGCUGGUCAUGUGUGACAGGAAGGACUGUCCCAGAGCCUAUCACCUGCUUUGCCUCAACUUGACCACGCCCCCCUAUGGUCGCUGGGAAUGCCCUUGGCACCAAUGCAGCGUGUGUCAGCGUCCUGCCUCCACGUUCUGUCACUUUUGCCCCGCCUCAUUCUGCCAGGAUCAUGAGGCGGGGCAGCUGGUGCUUUCCGCCCAGGACAACCAGCCCUGCUGUCCCAAUCACGACCCGGAACGAGCACCCAGCCUUCCGAAUGCUGUGAGGGUGAAGGAGGAAGAAGAAGCAGAGAGAGAAGAAGAGGACGACGGGGAUGCCGAGAGAGAGGCAGACGAGGACGAGGAAGGAGAAAUGGCUGAGUGACUGAGCCAAAGCUCUUUUACUGAAAAAUUUCAACACGGUGACUGGAAUUCAGCAAAACGAGGCUCUCCUCGCAGCUAGGGGGCGGUCCGGGGUUCGAAAUCAUUAAACAUAUACGUUGUCCAUUUCAGAUCUACAGCAGAGGACGAUCGCUUUUUGAGCCGAAAAAAGAAAGAAAAAAAAAAGUCACAAUUUAUGACUUCACUCUUUCUGAUCCAGAAAUGUGGAAACGAAUCACACAGCACCCACUAAUAGUCACUUUACUGAUUUAUUAUUUUUAUUUUUUUAUUUUAUUAUUUUUUUCUUCAAGCCGGGUUAUAGUUCAUUCUCAGAGCGGAGCCAAGAUCUUUUACACACUCUCUGGUACCCACAACACCUUGAAAACUUCAUUCGACGUACCUCAGUGUAAAUAGAAAGGAUUCUUACGAGAAACGUAGAUCAGCUUCUCAACAGUAGAAUUUUCACUACGCGUCUGAAUAUCGGCUAGUUGUGGAAAAAAAAAAACGAAAAAAGAAAAAAAAAAAACGAAAAGGACUGUGACUAUGGUUUUGGUUACGUGCUGCCUCUUCAUACCCGUGCGUUUGUGAUUUGUGAGAUAUAUAUAUAUAUAUAUAUAUCACAAAUAUAUUUAUGACUACGUUUACAUCCGCUCACGGUGUACAGUAUUGUUCAUUGGUAUUAUUAGUGAGUUUGAUAUCACUAUUCUUAAUGUCAUUGUAUACGUGCCCUCCCUCCCUUUUUAUCAUGGCUUGCUCAGACAUUGUGUUAAGUUCUGACUCACUUUUUGUCGUGACUGACUGAUUAAUUUCAUCGUCAAGCACUUAACCUUCAGCAUUUGUAUGAGGAUCAGCCAUGAUACACACCUGAACACUGCCGUCGUUGGUGUUGUGCCGAUAGGAAUAUCAGUCCAUGAGGAAUUUUAUUUUUUAAAGGAACAUUUUCUGUGACGUCUUCAAUGUACGUUUCCUUCCUCUUCCUUUUUAUUAUUAUUUUUUUUAUUGUCUCAUUUGUACACAAUAGCGACCACUUUUAAGGUAUCAUGAUCACAGUGUACCUUGAUAACCCAGAUUCAGGUUCAAAUGAACGACCCGAGAAUUUCAUGAACGCUAUAACAAUAUCUUGAGUCGUUCGUUUGGAUGAAAUUUAUUUGAUAAUGGCAUCAAUGGCAAUCCAUAAUCGUUCUAUUAAUGUAAGAAGCAUUUAUGUUUAAAUAAGUUUAAAUGAAUUUCCAGAUCACGAUGAAGGCAAAAACCAGCAAUGCCUUUUGUUAAGUUUUAUGACGGUUACCACAAUGUAUUUUAACUUUUAACUACUACUCGACACGUUGUUUUGUUAACUCAGUAGUGUUACUCGUGGCAGGCGUCCAGUGGCUCAGCAGGAUUGCACGCUACAGACAGGAAUCUUAGACCUGGUUAAAGAUGCAUCCAUUGGAUCAGUUAAAUGCUGCUGUGAUCCAUCUCCGGGCAUGUUUACCUAGAAUGUAGAAAAUGUGUAUUGUCUCAACACAGAAAAAAAAAAGCCUUCGCACCCAUGUAAAAGUCAGUAUUGCUAAUAGAUCACCAGUUAACCCCUACCGAGCUUCCCCGAUGGACCAUUGGUUCAUUUUCCUUCCUGCUGCGCCACUAUCUAAUCCUGUAAUAUUUCUAACGUUCUUCAAGCCUGUAGAACUGUGGAAGUCUGUCACACUGCCAAAAUUAGGAUUUUCAAAGCGUCUUGGAUCUAGAUGAGGUCCUGCCUGUACACUUGAAAUCUGGAGCGCUGUUCACAUCUCUGCACUUUUUUUUUUUUUUUGAGUUGCAAUGCCGUUUACACUUAGAGGUUUAAAAAUCCAGCACAUCACAGUUUUUGUCAUUUGUCACAGAUGAUACAUAUUGGAAAAUAUCUCAGAAUUAUUGUUUAAGGGCUUUAUUUCUUGAACCACCUCAAUUCCUUGUUGUUUGGAGGAUUUUUAAGUGCUGUGCUAUAAUAAAAGAUUUAGGCUUCAAAAGAAAAUAACCAGAAUGAAUGUUGGAAAAAAUGUACAAGUCAUUCAAGUCAAACCAGGACUUUUGCUUGUGCAGAGUAACAUUAGAGUGACGCUACACUAAUGCACUUAGCCCAGAGUUUCACUAGUGCUGGGAUACCAUUAAGGUAAAAAGUCUCCUCAUUACACCAGAACCAGCCUGCAUGCUUCACGUUUGAAACACUGGCCCCCCAGAAAUUCCUUUAAUGGCCUAAACAGUGAAGCUGCUUGGAGCGAGGUCAGGUCUGUACGGGCGAUGUGGCAAUAACUGCCAGCCGAGUUCCCCUGAUGUGGUUUUAAAAUGGUGUUGGUGAAUGAUUGUGUGUAUAAGUUCCCACUGACAGAUGCAUCUCUUGAGGAAGAUGGUGACAAGCUACCCGUUGGCUUUUAAGGAUCAUGCUUUCAACUCACUGAAUGUUUACAGAAACGACUGCAGAAACAGGAUCGUCAUUCACAAAUGCACGGCCUGCUUUAAGAUAUUUGCACAAUUCAGAUGUUUUACUGCAGCCAGGAGUCUCAUCAUUGUGCUGUGCUUGAAGUCUUCAGUUUUACACCUUUGUUCAUGAGAAAUUUCAUCACAAGUCCUGGUUGGACUUGAACGCACCUGACCAAGUAGCAAUGUCACUUUUACUGCACAGUAAUUACAAUCCUUAAACACACACACACUAUAAAUACAGUUUUUCUUCAUUUCUAUUUUCUUUUUUCCUCUUUUAUGUUACUGUUUUUAAAACUCUUGUCAUUAUGCUUUCUUUUUUUUUUUGCUAAGUUUAUUAUUUUUUCUCAGCCAUUUUUCUUUCCUUUUUUUUUAUUUUUUAUUUUUAUGCGUCUUGUGGUGUCCCCCCUUCUCCGUUUUACCAGGUCUGUUCCUUCGUGACAUGUUCGAUAGGAAGUGCACAUGUAGAUCUACUAACUCAUAAUAAUGACAAAUAUGUGACAUGCUGGAUUUUUUAUUUUUUUUAUUUUUAUUCUUAAUAGAUUAAAUGCGUAGCAGGUUUGAUAAUGAGGUACGACUUUUUUGUUUAGCACUUUUUCCCCUUCAUGAAUGAGAAAUGCAGUUUGCAAAGCGUGCAUUCUGUCACAAGUCUCAGAAAAAAGAAAAUUAACACAGAUGAUGUGUGUUUGGUUUCCUGACAUGAAAUUUAUGAUUUUUUAUACCCUUAUUGUAUUUUGACUUUCACAUUCAAUGCAAAUGAAGUGUUUCCUUCUUCUGAUCACUUGCCUUUUGGUAGUCCUAGAAUUUGUAUGAGUAUAAAUUGAGCUAAAUGAUUUAAAAGGCGUAGUGUUACUGAUUGGAGAUGAGCCUUUGUUGCCAUAUCAGCCAUUUUGUAUUUACCUCCUUAAAGAGUGUUAGUGCACUGUACUUCACUGUUUUUUUAAAUACGUGAUUUAAAGUGUCAUAAAUCAUCUUGUGCAUGUUUGUGCCUGUUCUUUAUGUUGUUCGAUUUUUCUAUAUUUUAAAAUGAUGCCAUCUCACCAGCUUCACGGGAAAUCAUUUGUGUUGACGUGUUAAGGACGUGUCACAUUCCUUUCAUAGACUGUUUAAGGAAUCUUGCUACUGGACUUAUUUCUGUUGUGUGUAAAUCUUAAGUGUUAAUGUAAAACUCACCAUGCGCGUCGAGUCGCAGUAUACACUCCAACUGAAUAAAAGCAUCGUAAAUGAUAUUAUCUGGGUAGAACGAGCUUCUCUGGGUUUCAUAGAGGGCUGUGCUCCUAGGAAGGGGUGUGGCCACAAUGUUAUCGUGUUAUGGGACGUUGCGGAGUCAAGCUCGUCCAACUGUACAUAGUAGAAAGUAAAGAACUCCACUAUCAUUAUAUCGUAGUGUCUACAGAAUGCCUGUAAAUUACUUCUGAAUGUUUGUGAACGUAUAGGCACAUUCUUUUUGUAACUUUCUUUUACUGUAUUUUUUAUUUGACCAACUUUUGAGAUGUUUUUUUUUUUUUCCAGAAUUGCUAAUUUAUUCAGAGAAACAACAUUCCACAGAUUUACUCGCUCUCAGACUUGCCUGGUUCGACUUCAAUAAAAUCUCUACUGAAUGUUCACA